UCAAGUUACUCCGGUCCGGUUUGACUCAAGUUCUUGGAUAUUUUGUCGAGUCGACGUGUUUUGUGAAGACUAAUCUGUGAGCAUGUUGGUGUGAUCAGAUGGGAAUGAGAUAGUAUCAAUAUAAUUCACACAGGUAGUGAAGUCUACCGGCCAAGAUGGAGGUGUGUAUUAUGUCAGAGACUUGCAGCUGACCAGAUGGGCCGUCCAAUAAGCCGAUAUUGAACUUGAACUGACCAUUUACUGACCAUUUACUGACCAUACACAGUCCUUACUAUGCUAUCCUGUAUAUGGGCAGUAACAUCUGGAUUUUGAUAUGAUGAUGUAUAUGCUGUCCUCAUCAUAAAGGAAAACAGCUGACAACAUAUUACAGAACAGCAGUGGAUUAAGAAUGUCGGAGACAAUCUAGGGAUUCCAUACUGUCAUUGCCUACCUUCAUCAACAAUUCAUCCUAUUAUAAUUGCCGGAUUUCAAGUGCUUAUAUGUACAGCUGCUGCUGGACAGUGACUGACAAAUCUAUACAUGGCUGCUGAGUACAGCCGUCAUACCUGUACAGGAAACUGUCUGUCGAUAACCAGGCUCCUCAAUAACCAGGGGCACAGUCUGCCUAUACACAAAUGUACCUGAAACUUGAAAAUUAAUCUAGACAAUCUUCUACUUGUGGCUGUUGGUAUAUAAACCCAAACAAUUAUACUAGACAGUCUUGUGAUUUAUGGUCAGCUGGCCAUGUGAUGAAAUGCAAAUUUGGAGGAGGAAUUAGCCGAGGGAUGCCUGUGUCUGAGUUUCAUGGUUGUCAUUGAGUGGAAUACACCAUAAGGCAUCACGUCACUGUCUGGAGAUUAAAACCAGGCAAAUUUGAAUAUCAUUUAUUUGAGUAGAAUUUUAAAUCAACUUUUGUUUUUUCUUUAGAAAAACCAAAAUGCAUAAAAUGUGGAGCAUAUGUCCUUGAUAGUAGAGAGGUAUCUAGUGUGUUUGUUUGAGGGGUACGAUUCUGAUGGGCAGGGAACCUCUCCGAUUCUGAUGGGCAGGGAACCUCUCCGUUAAAAACAAUCACUGAUGUAUAAAAAAAAAAAGCAAACUAAUCCGUCUGUGUUAGGGGCACUUGGAGAAAUGAAGGUACGUCCCACCCGACUGAUUAGGACUCUGUUUAUGGUCAUUCUUGUUCUCUUCGUUUUUCUCAACAUGCACGUGCUGAUGCACUUUCAACCGCGAAACGGUGACGAAAUAAACCGAUCACUACUUCACAAACUUCGUCACCAAGGCAACUGGGGAGAUACAGCACAUGUACAAACACGAUUGUCUGAACUCAGCGAUGCCAAAAAUCCCAAUGAUUCCAGUGGAUUGGAAGUAUUUAUACCUGUUAAUCAAUAUAAUAAGACAUUCCUUCAUCGUGAUAUCGAAGAGAGUAAUCUAACGCAGAUUCGUCUUGAAGUGGAAAGAGCCAAUCGCGAACAGUUUAUACAUAACCUCCAUAAGUUUGGUUUAAAACUGAAAUCUGACAGUGUUGUUAUAGUAGUACAAGUUCAUGAUCGUUCACAGUAUCUCCAGAUCCUGAUAGAUUCAUUACGAAAAGUAAAUCAAAUCAAAGACUCACUUUUAAUAUUUAGUCAUGACGUGUAUUCCGACGAAUUGAAUAGGAUUGUACAUUCAGUGGAUUUUUGUCCGGUAAUGCAAAUAUAUUUUCCUGUUACUCUUCAACUACAUCCCAAGGAAUUUCCUGGUCAGGACCCCAACGAUUGUCCUCGGGAUGUGAAGAAAGACGAGGCAUUAAAGAAAAAGUGCAAUAAUGCAGCAUUUCCAGAUAAAUAUGGACAUUACAGAGAACCGAAAUACUGUCAGACCAAACACCACUGGUUAUGGAAGUUGGACCGUGUAUUUGAUAAACUAGAAGUGAUGAAGAACUACACGGGUCAUGUGUUACUGUUGGAGGAGGACUACUAUGUGGCCCCAGACAUCAUCACCGUUAUACAGAUGAUGAAUAACUUAAAGAAAAGGGAUUGUAAAGAAUGUAGAAUGUUGACUGCUGGGAACUAUGAUAAAACACAAAGUUUUGUGGUCAACUCUGGAAAGGUGGAGUUGGCGACCUUCAUCUCCUCUAGACAUAAUAUGGGUAUGACAUUUGCAAGGGAUCUGUGGAACGAAAUAAAAAAAUGUGCUAAGGAGUUCUGUGACUUUGAUGAUUACAACUGGGACUGGACUCUACAACACUUGAGUAUGAAGUGUAUCGCUAACAAGGUGCAGGUCAUGAAGAUGAAGGCAACACGUGUGUUUCAUAUGGGAGAUUGUGGAGUACAUCAUAAAGGCAAAAAGUGUGAACCACUGGUAAAACAAAAACAGAUUGAAAAGAUUCUCCAGGACAAUCACCAGCACCUCAAUCCCAAUGUUAUGAAGGUCGCUGGCACAUCCAAGAUCAAAAUCCGCGAUCCUAAACCAAACGGAGGCUGGGGAGAUAUACGAGACAAAAAGCUGUGUCAUAGCUUCAUGUCUGCAGAGGACGAACGGAAGAUGCAACAGUUUAUGAAAUCAAAUGAUAUAUCUAUACUUACCAGAUAGGUGUUGCUUAAUAUUAAGAUAUAUAUAUUAGUGAUAUAUUUUUUCUACUGUGUUCAUAUUAACAGAAAUAUCACUAAAAGUCUUGUUUAAAAAACGUGAUGGAUACCGGUCUUUUUACCUCAGGGCAAACUGCAAGAACAUUAUGAAUGAGAGUUGUCCAAGGCAUUAGUCGGAUUAUCUUCAGUCUUCACCUUGUCGUCACUGACUGAGUCAUUAAUGUUCAGCUUCAUCACUCGUCAGCGCAUUCACUUUCAGAAUAUUGAGGG